GGGUGCGCCAAACUUGCGCAAAAAAAAGUGGACUCAUAGUUUAAAGUGUUGAAUUCCAAGGAAAAGGGGGAUAUCGGCACCAUGUCGGCUAUACGAAGGAAAUUCGGCGAGGACUACCAGGUGGUGAACACCAACCGGGGCAUGACUUUCUGCGCCCCCACGAAGAGAAAGAGGCAGCGCUUCGUGGAGAAGAACGGCCGCUGCAACGUCCAACACGGGAACCUGGGCGGCGAGACGAGCCGCUACAUCUCCGACCUCUUCACCACCCUGGUGGACCUCAAGUGGCGCUGGAACCUGCUUAUCUUCAUCCUCACCUACACUGUGGCGUGGCUGGUGAUGGCGUCCAUGUGGUGGCUCAUCGCUUUCAUCCGCGGGGACCUCAGCAGGGGCGGCCACGACGCGUCUUACACGCCCUGCGUGGCCAACGUGUACAACUUUCCUUCCGCGUUUCUAUUCUUUAUCGAAACCGAAGCCACCAUCGGGUACGGGUACCGUUACAUCACGGAAAAGUGCCCGGAAGGGAUCAUUCUCUUCCUCUUCCAGUCGCUGCUGGGCUCCAUCGUGGACGCCUUCCUUAUCGGAUGCAUGUUCAUUAAAAUGUCGCAGCCGAAGAAGCGCGCAGAGACGCUCAUGUUCAGCCAGGACGCAGUCAUCUCGCAGCGGGACGGAAAGCUGUGCCUCAUGUUCCGGGUGGGCAACCUGAGGAACAGUCACAUGGUGUCGGCUCAGAUCAGGUGCAAACUCAUUAAGUCCCGGCAGACCCCAGAAGGCGAGUUCCUCCCUCUGGACCAGUGUGAGCUCGACGUGGGCUUCGGCACCGGGGCGGAUCAGCUCUUCCUGGUGUCGCCGCUCACAAUCUGCCAUGAGAUCAACAGCAGGAGUCCUUUCUUCGACUUGUCACAACGCUCGCUCAUGAAUGAGCAGUUCGAGAUCGUCGUCAUUCUGGAAGGCAUCGUGGAGACCACUGGUAUGACAUGUCAGGCACGGACGUCCUACACAGAAGACGAAGUCCUGUGGGGCCAUCGCUUCCUGCCCGUCAUGUCCCUGGAGGAGGGCUUCUUUCGGGUGGACUACUCUCAGUUCCACAACACCUUUGAGGUGCCUACACCUCCCUACAGUGUCAAAGAACAGGACGAGAAGUCAUCGCUGACGUCGCCGAACCCUCUCCCCGCCGCGGCCCCCACGCCUUCCUCCCCGCCAACGGGUAACGGGGGACGAGGAAGCCGCAGGGGGAGGCUCCUCUCGGCGGAUCACACCGAUCACGUGGACGACCAGACCGCCAAAUUGCCUAGCAAACUGCAACGCAUGAGUUCCACCAGGGAGGAGCAACUGUGGCGGGGGGGGAAAUCCGCCGCGGCUUUGCCCGGCGGGAAGGCUUCCAGCACGGGCGACUUGCCGCUCAGCAUCCAGAGGCUGAGGUCCAGCUCCAUACCGGCACCUCGCCAGGGUGGACGACCAGAAGAGCAGGUUCAGCUCUUGUCCUUGGAUGGGGACGCUGAGGAGGUGGAGCUGGAGAGGCACAAACCACCGCCGGCGGCGGCCAUUAGCACCAUCACUACCCCAAAUUUGGGCACCUUCGCUGGGGGGCGGCAGGAGGACAACUUGCCUCCUAAACUGCGCAGAAUGAACGCAGACCGCUAACGCUAACUAUGGAUUGAACUUCAGCCUUUAUGGGCAUUCAGACAAAUGACUGAUACCGGUUGUUAAAGUACCUGCAGGUUUUACGUAUUUGCCGUCUACCUGAAAGACGAGAAGCCAUGCGCCCACGAGUACUGUGAGUUUUUUGAUAGCUUGAUAGCUUCUUUUGUUUGAGACACUUUCUUAUUUCUUUCUAAUUUCGACUUUAUCUGUAAACACGGCACCAAAAUGGCAGCCCUAAGCUACGCUGAUGUUGACUGAUUGCUUGCUAGCACCUCAAAUAAUUCAGGAUCAAGCACUUGAGGUACUAAAGAGGUGUCUAAAAAAAACAAUGUACACUACCUGUCAAAAGAAUCACAUACAUAAUUCAGGCUGAUAGAUAAGGGGUGGCA